GAAUAAAAUCUACUCCCCCACUUCCGUGGCACCCCCCGCCCUGCCUGCGGGCCAUUUAUAACCGUUCCGCGGGCCGCAAAUGGCCCGCGGGCCGGUACUUUGAGACCCCUGCUUUAGCCAGUUGGAAUAUCUUGGGACGUAAUGGGAGUAUCUUGGCGUGCAGUGGGAGUAUUUCGGUGCGCAGUGGAAGGGGCCCCAGGACAACUUCUGCAUCAGGGCCCACAAACUUGAAGCUACGCCUCUGACAGCAAAUUACAGCAGACAAUCAGAAUUCCCCGCAAGGAACUUGGAGAAUUGUGAUUGGCUGUUUGCUUUGGUUCCUCCAUGCUCCGUUUAAUUGGGAUGAUGGACAUGCCAAGGGAGAAAUAUGAAUUCCUCUGUCACCAUGUCGCUGGGUCACAUCGCACUGCUGCCGGCACUGACCAUCUUCGCUGUCGCUGUUGGGGAGCUGCUGGAUUUCCAUGACUGUGGCAGAGAGAAGGGGAGGCUGCUGACGGUGGACAUGUCUCCAUGUCCCAAGAAACCAUGUCGUCUAGUAAGAGGCAGAACCUUCACCGUCAAUGUCACCUUCACCAGUGGUGAGGUAACUCCAUACUGCAAGGCUUCAGCUUACGGUUUGGUGCUAGGCAUUGGUUUACCUAUCCCUCUGCCAGAAGCAGACGGGUGUAAGAGUGGAGUGGUCUGCCCCCUGAAGGAAGGUGCAACCUACAACUACCUCUCUGAGUUGCCCAUCAAGGCUGAGUACCCCAAAGUGGUGCUGGAUAUUCUAUGGAAUCUGAAAGAUGCUGAAUACAAGGAUCUGUUCUGCUGGAUUAUCCCAGUCCGGAUUGUGGAUGGCUGAAGAACACUUUGAAACUUUGAUAAUGGUGCAAUUUGCUGUCAUUUAAUCCCCUAAUAUCGGUCUAGAACCUGCUUUCUUCUUCUAAGCAGCUGGAACAAUUCACACUCAUAAAUCCAUGGACAAUAAUCUUUGUGUUAGCCAAUAUUUUUAUUGAAAAAGUUUUGAUUAAAUUGAUACGCUGAUAAUUUAACAUA